GGAGCAUCAUAGCGAGUGAAUAUGGCGGCUCAGUGAUGCUGUCAACGAGACUUUGAGUUUAAGCUUGUUUCUUUCAACUUUCCUAACGUUUAAGGCUCCUUUUCGGAUAGCUGUAUCACAGAAAAAUGUAACGGUUGCUCCCCUGACUGCUUAAGAAUGGAGACUUUCCAUCUUCUCUCUCAGCCCCUUCAUUUGCCAACCCAUGCUGAUCCUUUAUCAUUGUGAGGAAUUAAAUAUCAGGUCUCUACCUUUGCUGAUUGACUGCUCUCAGUAAGGUAUCUGAACACAUGCUGAGAUUUACACCCAGGACGAAUCGACUUGUAGACUGAACAAUUCAUCAAAAUUAAACAAGAUCAUCCACGGCAGCAAAAAGUUGCUGUGAUUCAUCCUACACCAUGGUUAACGUAUCAGCUGCACUGGGCCUCUGGCGGGCACUAUUCACCAUCCCACCCCAACGCUGAACACCCUCAAAGCAACUACUGAGGCCAACGGGGCAAGUGGAACGCCAGCCCCAAAACUCUCAAACAGAUCCCGAAGAGCCCUCUGCGCUGAGAGACGCAUGCUUAUAUGAACACUCGGAACGACACAAAGAAGUAGGGAGAGAAAAAGCUGAUCCUUUGGAGAGCGUCAGUGGAGGAGCGUCGAGGGUGAUCAAGUAACCCAAUCCUCUUAACCCAGGCCUGAGCGAAAGUGUACUCGUGGGGUGGGGGUGGAACGGCAGAGUGACCUCAUUGGAGCAGCUAGCAGCAAUCAAAGCAGAGACUCACGUCAUGGGCUAUGGGGGCCAUGGUGACUUAGCAUAAAUGGCUACUCGUGACCCAAAGCUUGUGCCAGUGUCUGCUGCUCAACCCUUUUCCUCCUUCCUUCUCUUUUCCUCAUCCUCUCGCUGUGAAAACUGCAACAGUCAGGCUGUCACGCUCCCCUCUGCCCCCCUAUCUUCCCCAGUCCCACUUUCGCUUUGCGGCCAUGGGGCUGUGGAAGUUAGUGCGGGGUGUGAGGCAGCUCGAGCUCCACCGCCUCAUCCUGGCGCUCAUCAUCUUCUGCCUGCUGUCUAUGGCUUUCCUUGCGUACUAUGUAAGCAACAGCCCUAAAAUUAAGGAGGCGCCACCUUUGCCCUUCAGUGACUGUGGUGGGGUGGUUGCAGCGGCGGCGGGAGGACAACGGGCUCCGCUUUUUCUGCCCCCACUUGCAGGCCGGCAAAGGACGGUUAAGGCGAUGGAUAACUCACGAACGGAGCCUGUGGUACUGGUGUUUUUGGAAAGCAUCUACUCUCAGCUCGGCCAAGAGAUUGUGGCUAUUCUGGAGUCAAGCCGCUUUCGUUACCACACCGAGAUCGCGCCCAGCAAGGGUGACAUGCCCACGUUGAUGGAGCGUGACGUCGGCCGUUACGCCCUGGUUAUUUACGAGAACUUACUCAAAUACGUCAAUUUGGAUGCCUGGAACCGGGACCUGCUGGAUAAAUAUUGUGUUGAAUUUGGCGUAGGCAUCAUCGGCUUCUUCAAAGCCAAUGAGAACUCGUUGCUCAGUGCCCAGCUUAAAGGCUUCCCACUUUUCCUGCACUCUAACUUAGGCCUACAAGACUAUCACAUCAACCCUGCCGCCCCUUUGCUUUACAUCACCAAGCCCAACGAAGUGGAGCAAGGCCCGCUUCCGGGCGACGACUGGACGGUUUUUCAGUCUAACCACAGCACCUAUGAGCCAGUGCUCCUCGCAGUCACAAAGUCCUCAGAAGCACUGUCCCACCUAGGCCCUCACCGGGCCCUGCACGCCACUGUAAUACAAGACCUAGGCCUUCACGAUGGCAUUCAGAGGGUACUGUUCGGGAACAAUCUGUUAUUUUGGCUACACAAGUUGAUUUUUGUGGAUGCCAUUGCUUAUUUGACAGGAAAGAGACUGUGCCUGUCUUUGGAGAGACAUCUGCUCGUUGAUGUGGAUGAUAUAUUUGUGGGAAAGGAGGGUACGCGAAUGAAGGUGUCAGAUGUGAAGGCUUUGCUGAACACGCAGAAUAAACUACGGACACUUGUUCCCAACUUUACAUUCAAUCUUGGCUUCUCUGGCAAGUUCUAUCACGCAGGUACAGAGGAAGAGGAUGAAGGCGAUGACAUGCUGUUGGAGCACAGACAUGAGUUCUGGUGGUUUCCACACAUGUGGAGUCACAUGCAACCUCACCUUUUUCACAAUGUCAGUGUUUUGGCAGAGCAGAUGAGACUCAACAUGCAGUUUGCACAGGAGCACGGUAUUCCCACAGACAUGGGGUACGCUGUGGCCCCCCACCAUUCAGGGGUGUAUCCUGUACACAGCCAGCUGUACGAGGCCUGGAAAAGCGUUUGGGAGAUCACAGUGACCAGCACAGAAGAAUAUCCCCACCUGAGACCAGCACGUCAUCGGAGGGGCUUCAUACACUACGGUAUAAAGGUGUUACCCAGGCAGACGUGUGGCCUUUUUACUCACACCAUCUUCUAUAAUGAGUACCCAGGAGGAUCUCGCGAGCUGGACAAAAGCAUUCGUGGAGGAGAGCUCUUCCUCACCAUCCUCCUUAACCCUAUCAGCAUUUUUAUGACACAUCUGUCUAACUAUGGAAAUGAUCGUCUUGGCCUUUACACCUUCGAGUCUCUGGUGAAGUUUGUGCAGUGCUGGACCAACCUGCGGCUACAAACUCUGCCCCCUCUGGAACUAGGAGAAAAAUACUUCCAGAUCUUUCCAGAGGAGAUGGACCCUCUAUGGCAGAACCCCUGUCAUGACAAGAGACAUAAAGACAUCUGGUCCAAAGAAAAGACUUGUGAUAGGCUGCCCAAAUUUCUGGUCAUUGGCCCACAGAAGACAGGUACCACAGCUUUGCAUUCAUUUCUCACCCUUCACCCUGCCAUUACCAGCAACUUCCCCAGCCCUGUCACUUUUGAGGAGAUCCAAUUUUUUAAUGGGCCUAACUACCACAAUGGCAUUGACUGGUACAUGGACUUCUUUCCUUUUCCCUCAAACGUCAGCACAGACUUCAUGUUUGAGAAAAGUGCCAACUACUUUGACACAGAGGUGGCUCCUAAGAGGGCCGCAGCCUUACUGCCCCGAGCCAAGAUCAUAGCACUGCUUAUAAACCCAGCUGACAGAGCUUACUCCUGGUAUCAGCAUCAGCGAGCGCACCAGGACCCAGUUGCCAUUAACCACACAUUUCAUGAGGUGGUGACAGCAGGUCCCUCUGCAUCUAAAGAGCUGUUGAACCUACAGAAUCGCAGUCUUAAACCGGGAACUUACGCUACACAUCUUGAGCAAUGGCUCCUGCACUACCAGCCCAGACAGCUUCAUAUCGUAGAUGGCACUCUGCUCAGAUCUAACCCAGCCCUGGUAAUGGACGGCAUCCAGCGGUUUCUCGGGAUUACGCCUAUCUUUAACUACACCCAAGCCCUUGUUUUUGAUGAGGGUAAAGGAUUCUGGUGUCAGAGGUUGGAAGUUGGCCGUCCUAAGUGUCUAGGGAAGAGUAAAGGCAGGAAAUAUCCAGAAAUGGCCCCUGAGACACGUGGCUUCCUGACCGAGUACUAUCGAGAGCAUAACCUGCAGCUGUCGCAACUGUUGAAUCGACUAGGUCAGGCUUUACCCGCCUGGCUCAGAGAGGAGCUCCAGAGCACCAGCUGGAGCUGAGAGGGUUCACCUGAAUCUCCAGUAUCACAACCCCAACAAAACACUGUCCACUCACUACAGAGGAUCCAGCGAGAGAGACUUAUAAUAUAUAAGUGCAUCCUUCUGUUGAGAAAUAUAUUAGCGGGGAUGGACUGUGAUUAUGACUGACAGGUCAGGAGGACCGCAAACAUGGACCGGUCUGUCCUGCCAAAGUGCUCACCUGUGUGCCCAUUCUGAGAUGAAGAAAUGGGAAUAGUGGAAAGUGUGGUCCCUCGCCGCAUUCCUCUUUUAACGCAGGCCUGCUUAUCAGGACCAGAACGAGCAUGAAUUUAACAGCGACUGGAGUGCGCUUAAUUCACGCUAAUACAACACACACAGUCUAGCCUUGCUCAACUUGUCUGAGGAGUGAUUGUAAAACAUUGUACAUUUCAAAGCAUUGUAUAUUUUGGGAUUCGGGUGGGUGGGUUUGUGACUGAAUAGACAUCAGCGUUCAUGUACAGACAUAGGACCACAAAUCUCUAGCCCUUCUCUUCUCCACACAGACAAGCAAACGCACAAAGCUGGAUCAGAAACCAAACGGUAAGUUAGUAUAUGCAAUUAAGGGAGUAAUCCGUAUAUGUCCCGUCUCCCAGUAUAAUCAAGUGUCUUAUCAGGUUAUAUCCCCUGUGUUUAUCCUAACCAUGCACUUUCCUGUACACUACACACACAGGCGUGUGGAAGUUUAAAUGGACGCUGUUGCAGAUGUGUUGUAUGGAAUAAACUGUGAAGGGGCGAGGAGAAGGGCUGUGAUACAAUUUGUUGUCUGUCCUAUACAAUAAGAAGCUGCUGUCAGUUUUUUGUAAAAAAUGUAUUUUAAAAACUCUCAACGCUGUAUUAUCUCUAAUAAACUGUUAGAGAGGUUG